AUGGUAACGAAUGGGCAAAGAGCGGAUGCCUCGCGUGCAGAAGCUCUGCGGUUUUCUGCCAAGAAAGGCAGUAGGUAUCGCCGUAACUCUCGAAGAGGAGAGGAGUAUGAGGCUGAUCGUUACCACGGACGGAGCGAUUAUUGCGAUUCCAUUCGUGAUUCAGAGGAACGUUAUCGCUAUGAUGAGCGGGACGAUGGUUCCGAAAUGUGCAAUCGUUGUCGAUUUGGAACGUGGCCAAGUUGUUCGUGUAGGAAGACAAAGCGAAAGGGCAAUGGCUGGCGCGACCAUCGCGAACGCGAGUCGUCGGCAGAGCGGUACGAGAGAGCUGCGAUGGAAAGUGAGGAUGAGCGGUACCCUCCUCGAUGUCGUGAUCGCCGAUCACCAGAGAGACUAACACGUGAAGAAUGGCGACGUUUGGAAAGGGAGUGA